AAUUGGACGUGUUUACUAAUGUCACAGCUUAAUGUUAUGGAAAACAUCCUUUAUUGUGAUCGCACCGAUCAGAAAUUUGGAGCACGUUUUAAACUCAUAUCCAACUUGCGGUUGUCAUUAUUAAUUUAAGGCUGUAACAAUCGCGUUUGUAAAAAUGACGGUAAUAGAGGGAUCCCUAAGCAAAUGGACAAAUGUUAUGAAAGGAUGGCAGUACAGAUGGUUUGUUUUGGACGACAAUUCGGGAUUACUGUCCUAUUACACAUCAAAAGAAAAAAUGAUGCGUGGUGUUCGGAGGGGAUGCGUCAGAUUGAAAAAUGCAAUUAUCGGUAUAGACAGUGAAGAUGAUAGCACUUUCACUAUUACAGUAGAUCACAAGACAUUUCAUUUUCAAGCCAGAGACGCCGAAGAAAGACAAAAAUGGGUUCAUGCAUUAGAGGACACCAUUAUUAGGCAUGGUCAUAGUCGAUGGGAUUUGCAUCACGCAAGUUCCAAUAUAAAAGACUUGGAUUAUAGAGUCUCCGAAGCUGAUGGUUAUUUGCAGCUGAUGAUAGAGCAAACAAAAAAAUUGGAAGAACGAAUCCAAAUUUUAAGUGACUCGGAAGAUAAAAUGAAGUGCGAAGUAAUAUUAGAACAUGCGAACGUCAUGUUGGAUAACAUAAAACAUUCAAUAGUUCUUCUUCAAAUAGCCAAGAAUACAGCUCACCCAAUAAAUGGCGUGUACCAUCAUCAGAGACCUGGGACAUCUAACAGCGUUUCUUCAGCUCGUAGUGGUCUCACUGAAGUUAUGCCCGGCGAAAACGUACAGCAGGGUAUUGAGUUAGGUUCUGAAUGCAUCGAAAGUAAUCAUAGACAUCUUUUAUCAUUUGCUCCAGUUGCUUCACUCAUUGUGCCAGAUACUUCUUACUCAAGUUCAGAAGGUGAAGAAGACUUCUUUGAUGCUAAUGAUGCUCCUUUUGGCGGAAACCAAGUGCCUACUCCAACCAGCCUAAGAUCAUUUGGACGCGACAGUCAUACCUCAGUGCCAAUAAUUCCUAAAACAGUACCACCAAACAAAAACAGAACAAAAUCUUUAGAAAAUUACGCGAAUAAGGAAGGUCUAGAUUAUGAUGCACUCUACGAGGAUGAUGAUGAACCAGACGUGGAAAUGGAAAGUCACGGUUCAGUCAUCAGACAUCUACUUUCCCAAGUAAAAAUUGGAAUGGAUUUAACAAAAGUUAUAUUACCUACGUUCAUAUUGGAGAAAAGAUCAUUGUUGGAGAUGUACGCAGAUUUUUUUGCACAUCCUGAUUUGUUCGUUGCUAUUACUGACGCCAGAGAUCCAAGAGAUAGGAUGGUAAGCGUACUUAAAUGGUAUCUAUCUUCAUAUCACGCUGGCAGGAAAAGUGCUGUAGCCAAAAAACCAUAUAAUCCAAUCCUAGGUGAAAUAUUUCGUUGUCAUUGGAAUUUACCGCACUCCAGCCCAACAGAACAAUGCGUGCCUGAUGGACCUGUGCCAUGGUGCAACGGAAAUCAAACGACUUUUGUUGCCGAACAAGUAUCGCAUCAUCCGCCCAUAUCUGCAUUGUAUGCUGAACACUUCAACAAAAGAAUAAGUUUUAAUGCGCAUGUUUAUACUAAAUCAAAAUUCCUUGGAUUAUCAGUGUGUGUUUACAACAUAGGACAGGGAGUCAUAUCAGUUUUAGAUUAUAAUGAAGAAUACAUAAUAACAUUCCCAAAUGUUUAUGGCCGAUCGAUUUUAACAACUCCAUGGAUCGAACUGGGGGGAAGUACGUCAAUAAGCUGCCCACAAACAGGUUACCAUUGUAAUAUAGAAUUCAUUACGAAACCAUUUUAUGGGAACAAAAAGCAUAGAAUAAUGGCAGAAGUCUUGGAUCCAGAUAAGAAAACAUUCCUCACCAUCAAUGGAGAAUGGAACGGUGUAAUGGAAGCGAAAUGGAGUGAUAAAGAACCAGAAGUAUUUAUUGACGUAAACUUACUUGACAUUAUCAAGAAGCAAGUAAGACCUAUCAGUCAGCAAGAAGAUAAUGAGUCUCGUAAGUUGUGGAAAGAAAUAACUGCAGGUUUGCAAUUCAACGAAAUUGACAAAGCAACUAAUGCUAAACAAGCGUUGGAAAACAAACAGAGGGAUGAGGCAAAAGAAAGAAAAGAGGCGGGUCUAGAGUGGCAGACCAAGCUUUUCAAAAAAUCUGGAGAAGAUAAUUGGCUUUAUCUAAAGCCUCUUAAGGAGCGCCUUUCCAGCAAUGCAUCGAAUAAACAAGAGGAAUAAGUUUAUAAAUAUUAUAUAAUAUAUUGAGCCGAACCUUAUUUUUUCGGGCAAUUUAGUUAAACUGUGAUAUAUUUUAAAAGCUUAUAUAUUUUGCGCUCUGCAUUAGACGUUAUUUGAUAAAUCUGAGCUUUGGGAAAUAUGCCAACAAAAAGUUGUUUCUUAAAUUUUAUAAAUCGUCUCAAUUUUUAGUUGACUUUUGAUGAAGUAUACAUGAAGUCAAUAUGACUAUGUUACGCAGAAAACUAUUAAAUCACUUGAGGGUAUCUGUAUGAGGUAUGGGUAGCUUUCUGAGUAAUGUCUUUUGUCAACCGAAAAAAACUUUUAUAUACAAUAAUUUUUGUAUAUUAAGAUUGCCAUUGUAGGAAAGCAUUUAAAUGGCACAGGAUACUUGGAUCUAAGAAGUAAUGUAUGCACAUUUUAUUUGACAUCUUAUUUGACUGACACAUUUCAUGUAUUUGAACUUGCAUUCUUCACAAAUUUGUUAAACUGGAUUUGGUAACAUUAUGCUAUUGAGAAUUUCUAAAGUAUGAGUUUCAAAGUGUUUAAAAGUAUAUGCCAUUAAAGGUUCACAACGCUUCCUGAAACUAUUCUGAUUUUCACAAAUGUUGUCACUUAAUAGUGUAUUACUUACAGAAUCCUUAUUUCUACAAAUAUUAUAUACACGCGCUUCAGUCAAGUGCAAAAUUCUACUAUUAUCCCAAUAUUGAAACUAAUAUGCCCACUGGGAUAUAUACUCUCCCUCAUUCUUCGAUGCACAGUGGUUUGGUGAUCAAUGGAGUUGAUUAAAAAGUGCAUGAACUUGAAGUUGCAGUCUCUCAGUGUUUUCAUUCCCUGAUCAAAUUAACAUCACAUUGUAGCACCAGUCAGAGAGAACCUCAACCUAACAAAUUAGUUCCAUCUCGGUUCUUGGGACACUUUCAUUCCAAAGCUUCGCAGUGUAUAAUUUACAAACGAGUUUGCUUUUGUAAUUUUAUUUUUACAUGCGGGUAUUAAAGUGUAGAGUACAAAUAUUAUCCGCCUAUUCUUGGCAAGUGUCUGUAGUAAAGUAUGUGGUAAAAUUUUUUUUGGACUCAAUUCGGCCCGGAAUAAGUUAAAAUACAAUAUGGCAAAACAGCGUAUGUUUCCCGUCUCUCGACAUUUGCCGUAUGGGACGGAUAAUAUUUUUCAAGUUUUUUGAAGUUGCUAUUGAGUUGAAUUAUUGUGAAAAUAAGAUACUGUAUUUCCAAUUUAAUCAUAAUUAUUUAACCUUAUUCCUAUGUUAGCUGUGUUAAAUUUAUAAAAUCUGCGUUAUGUAGCGUAUUGUCGGUUAUUUGUGGGAACAUGAUGGCUUGGUUAAAAAAUAUGCGGACAAUGAAAGAAAUUGUAAUAUAUUGCUUUCAAGUAUUGAAAUAAAAUUUUAUCCAACAACAAGUUU